AUGUUAAGGACGUUGAACAAAUUGUCAUUAUCAAAAUCUGUUGCAAGAAAUGCAACUAGAAACUUCUCAAGAUCAGCAGCAAUUAGAGAUGAAGUUGAAUUAAAGAUUGAUGGUAUUCCUGUCUCCAUUGAAAGAGGCUCUUCCAUUAUUCAAGCUGCUGAGAAGGCAGGUGUCUACAUCCCAAGAUAUUGUUACCAUGAUAGACUAACUGUUGCAGGUAACUGUAGAAUGUGUUUAGUUGAAAUUGAAAAAUCUCCAAAGAUGGCUGCUGCUUGUGCAAUGCCUGUUGGCCCAGGUAUGUCUGUCAUAACAACUUCCGAUAAAGUCAAAAAGGUCAGAGAAGGUAUCACAGAAUUCUUGCUCUCUAAUCAUCCUUUAGAUUGUCCAAUUUGUGAUCAAGGUGGUGAAUGUGAUUUACAAGAACAAACCUUAAGAUACGGUUCUGACAGAGGUAGAUUUCAAGAGGUUUCAGGAAAGAGAGCUGUUGAAAAUAAAGCUAUUGGUCCUUUAGUCAAAACUUCCAUGAACAGAUGUAUUCACUGUACUAGAUGUGUUAGAUUUUUGAAUGAUGUUGCAGGUGCUCCUGAAUUUGGUACUUCUGCUAGAGGUAAUGAUCUGCAAAUUGGUACAUAUGUUGAAAGAAAUGUUAAUUCUGAAUUAUCGGGUAAUAUUAUUGAUUUGUGUCCAGUUGGUGCUUUAACUUCCAAGCCAUACUCUUUCAAAGCAAGACCUUGGGAAUUGAAGAGAACUGAAUCUAUUGAUAUUAUGGAUGCUUUAGGUUCUGCUAUCAGAGUCGACACUAGGGGUAUGGAAGUUAUGAGAGUUCUUCCAAGAUUAAACGAAGAAAUCAAUCAAGAGUGGAUUUCUGAUAGAUCCAGAUUCGCAUGUGAUGCUUUGAAGGUCCAAAGACUAACUAAACCAUUAGUUAAGGAUGGUGACAAGUUUGUUGAUGCUACUUGGGAUGGCGCUUUGUCUAAGAUCGCUGAUACAAUCAAGAAAAUUAACCCAUCAAAGAACGAAGUUAAAGCAGUUGCUGGUCCUCUUGUUGAUGUUGAAGGUAUGGUUGCAUUGAAAGACUUAGUUAACAGAUUAGAUUCAGAGAACUUGACGAUUGAUGCCCCUGUGACCGAAUUACCAUCUACUGACAUCAGAUCCAACUACAUUUUCAACUCAACCAUUGAAGGUAUUGACACUGCUGACCAAAUUCUAAUUGUUGGUUCUAAUCCAAGACAUGAAGCAGCUGUCUUGAAUGCAAGAUUAAGAGCAAGAUGGUUAGAAUCAGACGAUGUUGAAAUUUCACAUGUCGGUGAAAAGUUUAAUGCUAAUGUUAAGCUUAACGAAUUGGGAGAAACUGCUAAUGACUUACAAGCUGCCUUAAAGGGUGAAUUAGGCAAGAAGUUGGCGUCCGCAAAGAAUCCAUUAAUUAUUGUUGGUUCGGGUGUUUGGGAAUCCGCAGACUCUGCUGCUGUCGAAUCUAUCAUUAAGAACUUUGCAAAGGGUAAAGAAAACAUUGUGAACUCCGAAUGGAAUGGUUUAUCCUUCUUACAUCGUCAAGCAUCCAGAACUGGUGCCUUAGAUAUUGGUUUCUACAACGCAGACCCAGCUGUAAAGGCUGUUGCUCCAAAGGUUGUAUUCUUGUUUGGUGCGGAUGAAAUCGAUCCAAAGGCUGUACCAACCGAUGCCUUUGUAGUUUACGUUGGUCACCAUGGUGAUGUUGGUGCUUCAUUAGCUGAUGUUAUUCUUCCAGGUACUGCAUACACAGAGAAAUCUGCUAUCUAUGUUAACACAGAAGGUAGAUCACAAAUGACUACAGCAGCCACUGGCCCUGUUGGUACUGCAAGAGAGGACUGGACUAUUUUCAAAGCGCUUUCAGAAUACUUGGGACUUGGACUACCAUACGAAAAUAUCAGAGACUUACGUUCAAGAAUUGAAAAUAUUGCUCCACAUCUCGUAAGGAUUGAAGCUGUUGAGUCUGUUUCUCCAGAAUUUGUUAAACUUGCUAUCGAGAAUGCACCAAGUGCAGAGCCAACUGGUGCGCAGCUAAAGAAUCCAAUUAAGAAUUUCUACUUCACUGAUGUUAUCUCUAGAAAUUCCAAGACCAUGGCUCAAUGUGUUGGUUCCUUUGGUCCAACUGUUGAAAAGGUUGUUGAUGAAAAUGCGCACCAAUACUUGGGUUUAGCUUAG